CAAUAUGGAAAGUGAAGCUGCUCUGCAGCCAUAGUGGGAAUGAAAUGGCCGUUGGUUGCUAUGGUUACACUGUUUGUUGUUGGUCAAGAUUAAUGAUAUGCUUGCCAUUGGCUGAGAAAACAGAUCCCAUUAUGAUGUCAUAAACAGAAGAGACACUGCCUGUUGCUCUCACCUGUUUGAUCAUUAGACUGCUGAGCGCUGUUGCUGCAACAUCAGAACUCCAGUCUUUUCACUUUUUGCAUUUUUUACUUUUUCUUGUUACUUCAGAACUUUUUUCACUUUUUAUCAUAACUUCAAGAAACAAUAAUGGAAAAAGAAGAGAAAGAUAUUCGGAUAGAUAUGAAUGAUGAAGAAGAAACAGACGAGAUAAAUGCAGAAGAUCGUCCUUUCAUAAGGAGAUUCGGCAAGAUCAUGCUUGUACUUUUCAUUUGCCUCCUGGCUGGCUGCUAUUAUAUAUUUGUGGUGGAGCUGUGCAUAUUCACUGUACAGUUAUUAGAGGCAAAGAUCACCUUCCUGGUGAUUUUCCACCUUUUGUUCCUCCUGUGCGUGUGGUCCUAUCUCCGCACUGUUAUGACUCCUCCCGCUGUCCCUCCGGCAAAAUUCCGCCUGUCGGAGUCUGACAAGCAGCGGUACCUGAGUGAGAGAAAGCCAGAAGUGCUGCAGGAGAUCCUCGUUCGUAUGGCUAAAGACUUGCCUAUUUCUACUAAGGACUCAAAAGGAGCUUUUAGGUACUGUGACAUAUGCCAACUGCUAAAGCCAGAGAGGUGCCACCAUUGCCCAGUGUGUGACAUCUGUAUACUGAAACUGGAUCAUCACUGCGUCUUUCUAAAUAACUGUGUGGGAUUUUCGAACUACAAGUCCUUCCUCCUGUGCGUGGUUUAUGCAUUGCUAUUGUGCCUAUUCACUAGCGCAGUGUCACUUUAUGGCUCCAUACUAUUCUGGACUCAUCAGCUGCCCAACACCCAAUCCAAAGUGCCGAUCAUUGUGCUGUUCAGCUUGAGCACACUCUGCUGUGUAAUGUUAUUACUAUUGUUAGGGAUUCAUUGCCAUUGGGCUGUAGAUAAUAUCACUUCUAGGGAGGGUGAAAGUGGCACAUGGAAUGAACGUUAUGACUUGGGCUUGAGCAAGAACCUGAGACAAGUGUUUGGAGAUGAAAAGAAAUAUUGGUUCCUCCCAGUCUUCAGCAGCUUAGGAGAUGGCUAUACAUUCCCAAUGACUGAUGCCACAAAGGACAUAGAAAAAAAUGCUGCUGCUGUUGCCAAAGACAUUACUGAGAGCCAGAACUGAAAAAUCAAUGAUUCUGGCAGCGGAUGCUACCAUUAAUCCUAGGAGAUCGAAUGGACUUUUCUUGAGAUUAUUCUAACUAAUAAGUGUUUGAAACUCUGGCCUACAAUUCCAGAAGAUUCUGCUGUGUCCAACCCCAACUCUAGGAUACCGGGACUGCUCCCGCUGAUGGAGAUGAACAUUUCAUGGACAGUUUAAUAGUCUACAAGUUUGUGUCUUCCAUCUUAAAACGAGGAAAACGAAUAGACUCAUUAUAUAUGUGUAUAUUUAUACACUGAAUGGGGUGCACCCCAAGGACUUUUUAAAAAUAUGUUUAUAUUUAUAUGUAAAUACUGUAUGUAUGAAAUGCUUUAAUAAAAGUUACCAUGAAUAAAUGUAGUGUUUCUGUGCUGUCUUAUUCCUUACAACAUACCCAGACACUAGAAGACUAUAUGGAAAAUAAAAGAAUAUCACAUUUACCACUACACAAGGCAGAGAAAUGUAU